AUGUUAUCCUCCAAAGCAUUUCUCGUACUAUGCAGUGCGGUUUUUCUCUUCGACUUCCCUGUCUUCUCAAACUCGGUUAAAAUCAAUAGAUCAAAGAUUCAACUAGAGCAACAUUCUUAUCGACUUGAAGCCAGACAAACCAACCAAAACUCGUUUGGAGUAACUUCAGAUACUAGCAAACCUACACCUGAAAAUGCCUCCAAAACCACAGCCACUGGUCCAUCUGCUUCUCCUGCUGAAACGGCGGCUCGUGACUUAUUCGAGUUCUUAAUCGGACUGGGUCAAGAAUUAGAUAUUGUGACUAACAUGGGUACCGAUUCUUCUGAGGUCACCAACCAUAUUGAAGUGGUUUUGAAAGCGUUUCCUGAAGGAGAGAAAGUACGAAAGGCCAUCGUGGCGGCCAUUGUGAACCCCACCCCCGAAGUUCAACAAUUCGUCACCCAGGCCACUGAGGGUAGCGAAAAGCUAACGUGA